AUGCAGUCGCCGCCUCCUCCUCCCGAUGGGGGCGCGGGUCCGAUGGGUGGAACCAUUGGAGAAGGAAUGUUGAACGAUCCUGGCAUGAACAACAACGCCAUGGGCAGUGGGAACUUCAACACGAACAACAACAAUUUUGGGCAGCAGCCUCCCACUAAUAGCGGCUACCCACCCAACAAUAUCAAUGCCAAUGCGACCAUUGUCCAGCCGCCCAAUAUGAAUCAAAACCCAGGAAUGGGUAGCAUCACCCAGUUUGCGAGUGGACUUCAGCAGCCACAGAAACCGCAACAACAACAGCCCAACAUGAUGCAGUCUUCCUGGCAGUCGGGCAACAACAGCACGGCUUCGGGUGGUUAUGGUGCCUCUUCCAUUGUUUCGGGAGCUACAUCGCCAGCCCCUGGAUCCUUCGCCGCUCGAUCGGUCCAAGCACAUUCUCACAUGGGGCAGCCGCAGCAGCCAGGAGGAAUGAUGGUGAAUCAGCAGGCUACUAAUAAUCAGUACCAGCCACAGCAACCAGGAAUGAUGCCAAAUAAUAAUUCCAUGAUGCACCAGUCGUCCAUGAUGCAAACUAAUUCAAUGAUGCCACAACAGCAGCAAGGGUUCCCACAACAGACUCCACCUGGACCUCAGUAUCGGCCUACCGGUACAGCUGCCAUGGAACCGUCGCCCCAACGACCAAUGACUUCCAACAGCAGUGUUCAGUCAUCACCCGCUCCUGGAUCCUUUGCGGCGAGGUCAGUUCAAGCCUUUUCCUCCAAUACUACUACUGGGAUGCCUCAACAACAGGCGGGAAUGAUGCAGCAGCCACAACAACAGCAGAGUCCCUACAGACAGCCCCAGCAACAAAACAUGUAUGGACAACAGCAGCAGCAGCAAAAUAUGUAUGGACAACAGCAACCAAACCAACAGCAGCCUUAUGGUCAGCAGCAGCAACAGUACAAUAACCAACAGCAGCAACCUCAAUUUCAGCAGAAUCAGCAACAAAUGGGGCAGCAAUCCCAGUAUGGACAGCAGCAGCAGCAACCCGGCCAAGCUCAAUAUUCACAGCAGCAGCAACCAGCUUCUCAAUUCCCGUCAUCGGCCCCACAGGCUCCUCAAACGCCAUCCAUGGCGUCCUACGGGGGUGCCUCGGUCAUCACGACGGCGACAGGUGUCACCACCAUGAUACCGGGUGGAAAACCACAACCGUCGUGGGCCGAAACACCCGCACAAAUUGCCGUGCAGAAUCGGCUCCUCACAGAUGCCACUCGAAAGGUUCAAGAACAUGCAUAUUACAUGCGUCAAGCGAUUGAAAAGAACGAUCUACCCAAUGUCUUGGAUCGGGCAUCUCUCAUGGUCGGGCAGUUGGGAGAAAUUCAUGGACCCUCGCAUCAUCAAGCGGGACAUCCUGGCCCCAACGCGCCGCCACCGGGAGGAGAAGCGGCACAACUCAAUCCCAAAAAUUACUACGAACUUCACAUGCGAGCCUUGGAAGACAUGCCUAAUUUCGAAGAGUACCUCAUGACGGUCUCGGGACAUUCGCAGCAACUCCAACAACCGGUCGAUCCGAAUCGGAUCACCAUCACCAUGACUGCCACACCCACGGCGGCGGACGCACAGUUCUCCAUGAAAGAAUUGUACGAUUGCGUCCAGUACUGUCCUCAAGUAUUGCCAAGGCUGUACUUGCAAAUUUGUGCCGGGAGUGCUUUGAUUCAGAGUGGCGAAGUGGGGACCAAAUGGGUCAUGAACGAUCUCAUGCAAGCCACGAAAUGCGUGCAAAACCCCGUCCGAGGACUCUUUUUGAGGCAUUAUCUGUUGCAAAUGAUUCGGGAUAAAUUGCCAGACUCGUCGGCCGACACGACACCCUUGGCAGGACAAGCUGCCAUGGACGCAGCAGAAGAAGGAAAAGAAGAGGUCACUCCGUCGGUUCCACCAGAAAAAGAACCAGGGACUGUCGCGGAUUCGUAUCAUUUCAUUUUGGCAAACUUUAUUGAAAUGAACAAACUCUGGGUACGAAUUCAACAUUUGGCGGGUGACGGAAGAAGUAAAGACCAACGAAAACGAAGGGAACGACAGCGCAACGAGCUGAGGAUUUUGGUCGGGACCAAUCUAGUGCGUCUGUCGCAACUCGAAGGGGUCACGUCCAAGAUUUAUGGCGAAAUCAUCUUGCCGACUGUGCUCGAUCAUAUCGUGGUGUGCGGGGAUCCCUUGGCGCAGGCUUAUCUAAUUGAUUGCAUCACCCAAGUCUUCCCCGACGAAUAUCACAUUGAGACGCUGCCGAUUCUCUUGCGAGUGUGCCCCAAAUUGAGGGACAAGGUGAACGUUCGAACAAUUCUUCAGAGCCUCAUGGACCGGUUGGCAAAUUAUCUAGCAGAUGAAGAAUUAUUGGACGAAACCGACACGAAUCAGGUCAAGAAAAACAUGGCGCAAGAUUCUUUCCCCAUGUUUGAGGAGUGCGUUCAGAACGUCUACAAUGCUCGCGGGCCCAAAUUGGGUGCGAAGGAAGUCAUUCGUCUUCAAACCGCAUUACUGUCGUUCUCGCUACGAUGCUUUCAAGGGGACAUGGAGCAAGUCAAUCGCUGCCUCCAAGGUUGUGUUGCGGCUCUCAAGCAAGCCAAUGCGUCCUACGAACUGCAGGAAGGGACGAUGGCAGAAGUUCCAGGAUCGUUCAAACCACUGGAUGAUGUUUCCACUGCCGAACUCGAGAAAUUGCUAUCAAUUCCUCUCGACUCGUUGGCCAUGAAAGUCUUGCAAUUGCCAGAUUACGGUGAACUGCUUUCGUUUUUGCCAUGGGCACAUCGGCGGGAAGUCGCCUUGAAGCUCUUGAAGGCGGUCGAUGAUGCCGCAGCUCCACCCAAGUGUGUCAAAGAUAUCGAGGAGCUGUUUGGAAUGGUGGAGCCACUAAUCAGCGAUGUAUACGGUAGCCAGCAAAUGGGCUUGACAAUGCCUGGUCAGCCACAGGGGCAAGCUGAAACGGAGAAUGCUUUAGUUUGCAAACUGGUUCAUUUACUUGACCAUGAGGACACUGACGUGGUUUACGAUAUGUUGAUGGUUGCCAGGCAGCACAUCAACAAGGGCGGCGUUAGCCGCGCAGGACAAACCUUGGUGGCUGUGGUCUUUGCCACUUUUCGUUUGGCUCAGCGUGUGUUCGCAGCUGAGCAUGGGGUCCCAGAAGUUUCAGACAACGCUGCUCAAGCCGCGGAGACCGCACCGGCGGAAGAAACACCGGCAAUGGGAGAAGAAGCUACAACGACUGCAGAGGAGUCACCUUCGGAGGAAGACAAAAAGGAAGAAAGUGGCGAUUCGGCUGAAGCAAUGGCCAUUGCAGAGGAUGCAGAACCAGAGUCGACAACACCUGCGGCGGCUGAAGAACCCAAGGAGGAGGAUGGAAUCGCGGACGUGGCGGUCGCAGCUCCUGUUCCUGCUCCCUCAGCACCUCCUCCAACACCGAAGACAGUGAGUUGCCGAAAGCUGUUUGUGUUUAUACAGCAAACAAUUGCAAUGGUUGCUUCAAGCAACGUCGAGAUGGCAUUUAAGCUUUACCUGCAGGCUGCACUGACAGCGGAUCGUUUCGCUGGCUCUCGGAAGGACCCGAACCCUCUGUUGUUGGACACUUUCGGCCCCAUGCCCUACGAACUGAUCACUCAAGCAUUUGUGAUCUUCGAGCAAGGCAUCGCCGACUCGAAGGUUCAGCAUCGCUGCAUCGUUUGCAUCAUGAGUACCCUUUUGGAGUGCGGAUCUCUCAGCGACGAAGACUAUCAGGGCCUCGUGAUGAAGACAGCCCAGUAUUCUGCCAAGAUGUUGAAGAAGUCGGACCAGUGUACGUUGGUGGCCCAAUGCUCUCAUUUGUUCUUCCCUGCGGAACACCCACAUUUGACAUACCGAAACGAACAACGAGCGCUGGAAUGUCUUCAGAGAUCGUUGAAGCUCGCCGAUGCCUGCACCUCUACCAACCCGGCAGAAAUCCAUCUCUUUGUGGACUUGCUCGACCAUUAUCUGUCCUUUUUCGAACAGAAAUGUCCUGUAAUCACAGAUGCGUAUGUGACCGGCCUUCUUGCUUUGAUCAAGGAGCACCUUGGCAAUCUAGGCAACGGUAUGGGCUAUUCCAAUCCUGCCGCCAUCAACGAUGCUCGCGCUCAAUAUCAAGCAAUCGUGCAGUACAUCAAGGAGAAGAAAGCCAAUGCUGAGACGGCAGAGCAUUUUGCUCCCAUCAACGCCGAGUAAGGAGCGAGAUAUGUUCCGCAACUGUGCAAUUUUGGAUGCCAUUCUCCGACGGCAUAGGGCAGGAAACGAUAACACAAAUAAAAAUGAAAAUAAUCUAGUAAU